UAUAUCCCAACUUUAUAGAGUGAUUAAUACUCAUCAAACAUCAGCAAUACAGAUACACUUUGCUCCCUUUCCCCAUACGGGUCAUUAGACGUGCAUUAACUACUUCUGGAAUUUUUUGCCUAUGAUAUUGAUUAUCACUGUCCAACAGGACUCCAGUGAUAACACCAUACACCCCCUGGUUACUUUGUCUGCAUCCACUUUUCCCAACGCCUUCUUCACCAUCCUCGUGACUUCAAACGGGUUUUCCCAAAUAAAUCCAUUCUAAGACUUCACUGUUGUCCACGCAUCUUCCUCGCUAACGGUACUGGACGUGCUUCAGCGUUUCGCUUCUAACGACACUUCUGCUUCAGCCAUUUCCCCGGCGACCAGUCUGCCUAAUACGUGCCCGGAACCUUAACAUCGGAACCUUAUUUUAAUUGAUUCUGGGGGUUCAUAGGCGGGUGUUUCGGAUUGCACUCAAACGUGACAACGAUAACAUAAAUACUGUUGCGCCAAUGUUAUUGAUGAACAAAAAUGAGCACGAAGCAAGUCACCUGCAGGUAUUUUCUCCAUGGUGUCUGCCGAGAGGGGAAUAGGUGCAUGUUCUCUCAUGACCUGACCACCAGUAAACCUUCAACCAUCUGUAAGUUCUUCCAGAGAGGUGUGUGUGCCUACGGAGACCGCUGCAGGUAUGACCACAUCAAGUCAUCAGGUGGUGGUGGUGGAGGAGGAGGGAGAGGUGUGCCCAUGGACCUCCCUAACAGAAACCCCAUCACUGCUGGGGCCUUCAUCCCCCCUGGGGUGCCUGGACCUCUCGCCCCCACUGCACCCCAAGCCAGGCAUCAGGGAGGGAAGAAACCGCUGGUGCUGAGAGAUAGAGCCCUGGGGUGUGACAGUACAAUGAUGCCCUUCGGUGGGGGUGGCUCAGAGGCGGACUGUUGGACGGAGUACCAUGACAACAGUGCCCAUGCCAAACCUCCACACUCCUACCUGGAUGCCAUCAGGACCGGUCUGGAGUGUUCUGCCACGGCCGGCCCCUACCAUGUCCCUGGCCCCCAGCCACAGCUCUGUCCCUACGCCGCUGCAGGACAGUGUAACUAUGGAAACACCUGUCCCUAUCUCCACGGUGAUAUGUGUGACAUCUGCCGUCUGCAGGUGCUCCACCCACACGACCCUGAGCAGAGGAGAGCUCACGAGAAGAUGUGUAUGUUGGUGUUUGAGGCGGACAUGGAGAAGGCGUUUGCAGCGCAGCACAGCCAGGACAAGGUGUGUUCUAUCUGUAUGGAGGUGGUUUAUGAGAAAGCUGCUGCCUCAGAGAGACGCUUCGGGAUCCUCUCUUCUUGCUGCCACACAUACUGCCUCUCCUGCAUCCGCCAGUGGCGCUGCGCCAAGCAGUUUGAGAACAAGUCCUGUCCAGAGUGCAGAGUGGUGUCUGAGUUUGUCAUCCCCAGUGGUUACUGGGUGGAGGACCAGGAUGAGAAGAACAGACUGAUAGAGGACUUCAAGUCUGGAGUCAGUAAGAAGGCGUGUAAAUACUUUGACCAGGGUCGGGGAACCUGUCCGUUUGGAGGGAAGUGUUUCUACAUGCAUGCUUACCCCGACGGAACGCGAGCCGAGCCGGACAAACCCCGCAAGCAGCUGGGCUCUGAGGGGAACGUGAGGUUCCUGAACUCUGUCCGUCUGUGGGACUUCAUCGAGGAGCGUGAGCAGCGCAGUGUUGCCCAGCCGCAGGAAGAUGAGGUCAGCGAACUGAGAGAACUCUUCAUGCAGAUGUCUGGUCCAGGAGGGGAGGAGAGCAGUGCAGUGUCUGCCCAGCCCUGAGCCCUCAACCUGGGGCCCUAACUACCCGUUACCCAGGCCCCAGCACUCUGACCAACGGCUCAUAUCAAAAUGCAAACAUACAUACGACACUGGACAAUAAAAUGUACUCACUAGUAAGCCUUUCAUGUUGAUGGUUUCAGGCUUUUUUAAAUGAUAUUUUUACUCAUGGUACAUUUGUGUGGAAAAUAACAUAGUAAAUCUGUACAUAGAGCUGUAAUGGUUCUGUUAAAGAAGCUGCUAUAUUUUCCGGAUAUGUUUUAGAUAAUUUAUCUCUGGAAGGCUUUUUAUAUGAAUGGGGUAGACAUCUAUAGAAUGAACUCUAAGGUCAUAGUUUUCAAGUACAGUGAAAUGCCUUUACUUUAUUUUCUUUGGAUCUAUAGAAUCAGUUUGAGGUUGUAUAGAUAGAUAGAGCUAUGUAAUGAUAGAUCAGACAGCCUCUCAGCCAGGCCACAACAUGUGUUACAGGUAGGUCACAUAUAGACAUUUUUAAAAGAAACAAAACAUUGAAUUCAAAGCAAUGCACCCAGGGGCUCUAUUCAAGCUGAAGUGAUAGGAAUUACUUUCAUUUUCGAUUGAGCCGACUUAUUCAGUGUUCACCGUGAAUGCGGUCUCUGCUAACGCAGUAACAUUGGCUUUAAAUUUAAAUCACGCUGUAACGCUGAACUUCCACGAUACGGAUUGAAUAGAGCCCCAAGUCUGUUUCAUACUCGAUGUCCAUGAAAUUAUGGUGUGUUGAUUUAGAGGCUUUUACAUUUACGUUGCAACUAGUUCCUUCUAUAGGAACUAUUUAGUGUUGAUGGAUGCUCACAUUAUGAGGUGUAGUGACUUUAUCCUUUUAAUGGUAUAAAAUGAUGUUGACCUUAUUAUCCUACAUCAUUCAUCUAUAGUAAGAGCAUAAAGCAGGCCCUGGGUGAUCUAUCAGUCAGCCUGUAGAGGUGCAGAGGAAUGAGCUCCUACCAGUAGUCCUCUCUAUUAUCUAAUGUAUUGUGUGAAGCUGCCUGGGGAGACUCAACUAUAGUGUUUAGAUAAUAUUAUGCUACAGUGUUUAAUGUAUAUUCUAUGGGAAAUCAGAAUCACUAUGUUGGCUUUUAUUUAUCCAAUUUCUUUUCAGUUUGAAUGAUUAUUUCCAAUUAGUUUUUCAAUAGCAGCAGUCCGUUCAUUCAAUAAAGAAAAUGUUUGACAGCA